CCUCGCGAUCCUGUUAUUUUUCUACUUUCCUCUUCCUCAUAUUAGGAAUUAGCAAAUAAAGUUGGUUUCCAUUUUUUAUUCAAAUAUGGCGAAGUGUUAAUUAGCCAGAUUGUAGGAAAAAUGAAUCAAUGAUUGCCACUUCCUUUCAAAUUAAAAAUUUGCCAAAGUAGCCUUAGUAAACGUGAAGUUUGAUAUUCAACGUUUAACAAAGCCAGUUUUCCUAUUCUCAUUAUGGCCGCAUACUUCGGAUUCGACCGCAUUAGUCAACUUCUCCGCAUAAUCCGAAAGAAUGGUGGUUUCCUAAGCAGCUUCAAGAAAUUGUACCGAUUUGAUGACCUGAAGAUGGGCUGUUUUGUUGGAUGUGACAAAUAUGGGAACCGAUAUUAUGAAAACUCCUAUUAUUUCUAUGGGCGAAAUCGUUGGGUUGAAUAUGCCGACCAUGUGGGGAUGAAUUACGAUGGCUCACAAAUUCCAGCAGAGUGGUUUGGAUGGAUGCAUUACAAAACUGAUCUCACUCCUUGCGAGGAUUGCAGCAGACCGCAGUACAAAUGGAUGACGGAUCACAGUGAAAAUUUAACGGGUACAGUUGAACGGUAUAUGCCCUACUCUACUACCAGGGCAAAAAUUGAACCGUGGAAUCCCAAAAAAAUUAGCAACAAAAGUAAUGGCGACGAUUGUAUGUGACAUUAGUGUCUUUUGUGUUUUAAAAAAUAAAGCACUGUUGGCUAAGGUU